AAUCAGCUGUCAGAAAGAACAUAAUCACGUAAAAAACAAAAUUAUUUGUGUCUUUAGAUAAUUCCCGUCAAUAUGGCGGGGCAAAAUCCGGGCUCACCUACUGACUUCCAAUAUUUUUACGAAGAUGAAGUGUAUAAAAUUAACAAUCGCGGCCAAGUUGUAUUUGGUCUUGUACUUGAAAACUAUGAAGCUAACUCCAGCGAUCAGGAAAGCGACAUUGAAACACCUAUACAAAAAGGCGAAAUUCGUGUCGUAUGGCAUCCUUCGGGAACCGAACGAGUAAUAUCCGAGAAGUCGGUUGGCCUUGCUGACCGUUCUUUGAUGCCUGGCGAUGUGGUACGCCGCCUCAUAGCUGGCAAGGACACGCAGCGUGGAUACUGUCGUGAUAUAAUCAUGACUGCAGCACUGCAGAUUGUUGGUACCAAACAUGUCAUUCCUAAUGUCGCAAGUGAGAGGCUACAACCACUGGAAGAAUUCACACCAGACCUGGCAGUAUGCCUAGACUCCUGGGUUGGAACCUCCAAGGCUGUGCAUAGUAAACUACGUCUUGUCUCAGCUGAUGGUUCUCGUCUUGAAUACCCAGACCUAGACAGUUGUCCUCUUGAAGACUAUUCAAUGCGACGACGACGGUCAACACCCUAUUCGUCAUCAGAGUUUUACCCCGGGCAAGUUGUGUAUGGGCCAUUGGGUUCCUUGGAUAGUGCCAAUUGGCUUCACGUCACAAAAGAAAUGAAAGCCGCCAGAAAACAUAAAAUGCACGAUCAUAAGUUCACUGUGGAGGCAGUAGUGACAGAGAGUGUAAGUGUGCAUUGGCAGUGCCGAGCACUUUGCACUCACCCAACUGACGCGUCAGCCCCACAGCAACCAAAGUUUCUUGUUGAAGGUGAAGACUUGAAGAACCUGAAGCUGCUCAAUGUUUUUGAACCCUGUACACUGCAGGUCGGCGACAGAAACUUCCUUACUAUUGGUCCAGAAGAUACUUUUGUCAGUAAAAAGCAGUGGAGGAAACAACAAAGCAAGUAUAUUCUGCAUUAAAAGGUUGCUUUAUUGAUGCUGAUAUUAAAUAUUCGGGCGUGGUUCUGCUGAUGGUAAAAAAACAGUGAAGCCAUAGGAAAUUUUAAGCUGUGCAUGUGUGUUUCAAUGUAUUAAGUAAAAUAAAUAUGGAAUAAUUUUUUGUUAGAUCAAUAAGAAGAGGUUAAGCGAUUUUAAAUAAUAUAUAGCUUCUCAGCCAUAUAUAAUUGUUGGUGUGUUUAGUGAUUCUAUCAACAUUGUCUCAUAAAUAUGCUAGGACUCUAUAGAAGGUGCUGUAGUCAAAGUAUCAACAGAUUCUAUUAUGGAAACAAAACUACUCAUAUUCUCAAUACAUUAUGUUGGCUAAGUGCCAAAAAAAAUCAUAUAAUCUGGAUUCCGAUAGUAGGCAUAGUGGUUGAGUUGAGUAAAAUGUCCAGAGUUUGAGUGUGAGUGUAGUGAAUUAGGAAUGAAACUCAUCGCGCCAACUACCUAGCAUUUACUAAACAAGUUAGAGUAUACUUUGUACAACAUCCAUCCAUUACAGCCUAUAUAAGCCCACUGCUGAUCAUAGGCCUCACCAAUAGAUUGCCUUAUUUGGGGAUUUUGCCAUAGUCUACACUAUGACCGCUAGGCCAAGGGGGUUUGCAACCGCACUUUUUUAUUAUUUUGAGUUGUUAUCAGGAAGAUGUUGCUGCCAUUUUCUGCAUUUUAAUUUUCCCUCUGUCACUUCGUACAACACUCGGGACGAUAUGGGGUAAUGUGAUAUUAUUACUCCGCCACUACAUGGAUACUCCGGUUGUAUAACAACUUCCUAAAUUUUUUCUGUAUACUAUUUCUAAUAACUUUCUAAUGUUUCCUAUAAAAUGCAAUAUAUUAAUAUUGAAAUUGAGAUUGUUUUAACCCUUAAAUAUUGUGUGAUUUGUUAUGUUCUUGCACAGUGUUUGCUUUGGCUGGGAUAAUGCAUGUAAUUGUAACAAAGUAUAUAUAUCCUCAGGUAAACACUUCAGGAACCUUCGCAAACAAAGCAGACCAACUAAAAAAUCUAAGACGGAUGCGAAUGCAUCAGAACAUAUGCCUUCAAGACCUAAAAAGCGAGCGUCAUCACAUCGCAAGCUAAAGUCUACUGAUAAUGAAAUGGACGUGGAUACGAUAGAUGAGAAGUUGGAGUCCCUUGAUGAGGAACUGAAGACUGAUGUCAACUGUCCAAGUAUUAAAAUCGAACCAAGUGCAGAUGUUACUAUACCCAUAGGGAGUAGUCAGGAAGAUACCGCAACAGAAGAGAAGAAUGAUUCUGGCAUCAGGUAUGUACAUAUAGUAUGAAGAAUUGAAAUUUGAAGUGCAGUGUUUUUUUGGCUUAAAGUAUUACAAGAUUUUAAACAACAAAUUACUAAGUAUAUAAUUUAUUAUAAUAAUUCGUAUUGUUUUAAAAGUAAAAAAAAAACAUGUGCAGUUUACACGCCGUAGAAGUGAAAUCUUCAAAUGAAAUUAUAUAUAAAACAAAAACAUUUCACAGCAAAUUAUUUAUUUAAAUUGAUAAUUUGCAAUGUGGCAUAAACAUAACAUAAAAGUUUAAUUUUAUAGCAAAUAAAUGUUACAAUCCUUGUUUUUAGACAAAGUUUUAAAAGUUAUAUUAGCCUUUUUUUAAAGCACCGAACAGAGAAGGCCAAGAUAAUAGGAAACACUAUAUUGAGCUAGCUGUUCCCAGCGGUAUCACCCGUGUAUAUCACGCUCCGAGCCGCGAACAUGACACCUCGCUUAUUCUAGUGUUGUAUUAUUUAAAUUUUUCAUUAUCUCUUAAACUAUGCAUUCAAAUAACAUGCUAUAAAGAGCAAAGUUUAUCCUCAUAAAAUAUGCUUACUAUGCCUAAUAAUAACAUUCAUAUAUCACUUUUUAAUUUUCAAUAUUUUUUUGUCACAAAAUACCUUAUUGUAGCUUAUCCACUCAACCGUUCGCCCCGCGCGAGUGACUCUUGCCUGACUUGUCCGCGAAUUAAAUGUCACUAUUUUUCUACGACCGCGCGAGACAGUCUUAAAAAAAAAGAUUACUACUGAAAAACUACUAUUGCUACAUUCAAAUUAAAAUAAAGCCUGAAAAUAAAGCUUAAAAAUGGGAAUAUAAAAAAAAUCGUAUUUAUUUUUUAUUUCGAGUUUUACAAGAAAAGUGUAAUACUUACUGGAGACAAUUAUUUUAUAUUAUAAUAGUACAUGAUAUUCCCUUUAAAAUGGCACCAAUAUCAAUAACAUCUUAUAUACUCAAUAUACAUAAGUAUAUAAUGUUUACCCAAUAUAAAUUUGAAUAAAUAAGUAGAUAAAUG